AUGGCAGAUCGCAUAUUGAUCUCAAAUACUCAAUUUGUCCGUGUAAAAAGCUUGCGCAAUGAAACAUUUUUCAUAACUUGCAAACCUAAAGACUCAGUUAGCAUGGUAAAGUAUUGUGUUUAUCUAAUGUGUGGGCUACCAGUUGAAGAUAUGAAGCUUUACAUUAGAAAUCGACUUCUUGAAGAUGUUUCAAGCUUGUAUGACCAGCAAGUAGCAAACGAUACUGUUCUUUUCCUUGUAAGCAAAAAGCCAGAUGGAAGUUGGGAAAACGUGUCUCAGUUUAUGCCAGGAAAUGAUCAAAGUCCACUUUCAAGAACCUUUGAGAAUCUAUCUCCAGGACUUAAAUCACCUGAAUAA